CUAUUAAUCUUCUCUUUCAUCAAUACAUUACCAAAAACCCAGAGUUUUUCUUCAUUGUUUCUUUCCACAGCAUUUCAACAUGAAGAGACAUUCUUGUUGUUACAAACAAAAGCUGAGAAAAGGUCUUUGGUCUCCUGAAGAAGACGAGAAGCUUCUCAAUUACAUCACUAAAAAUGGCCAUGGUUGCUGGAGUUCUGUCCCAAAACUCGCCGGUAAAACUCUUUCUUCUCCCAAAAAGGCAUGGUCACAAAUUGCAGCGAGACUUCCCGGGAGAACCGAUAACGAGAUCAAGAACCUUUGGAAUUCUUGCAUUAAGAAGAAGCUGAUGAAGAAAGGAAUUGACCCUAUUACACAUAGACCUCUCUCCGAGGUUAAUAAAGAGACAAACAAAAGCAACAACCACAAUUCCACAAGUUUCUCCUCAGAAACUAAUCAAGACUUCUUUGUCAAGCAAACGUCUGAUUUUUCCAAGUAUUCUGCGUUUCAGAAGCAAGAACCCAACUCUGUUUCCCUCGACAAUUCGCUCUCUUCCACGAUCCCUACGCAAUUCAACAUCAACAUCGAUGGUUCUGUCUCAAAUCCGGGUUUUGAGACACAGGUAUGCGUGAAACCCUCGAUAACUCUUCUUCCUCCUCCAGACAACACUUCAAGCAAUGUAGAUCAUGUAAAAGUGACAGAGCCUAAUUGGGAAACAAACUGUGGAACCACAAGCCACCUCAACAAUCCUUGUAUGGAAGAAAUUAAAUGGUCCGACGAGUGCCUAAACGAUUCGUUAUUCUCUAGCUCAGUUUAUGUUAAAUCAGAGACGGAUUUCAACUCCAACAUUGUCUUUCCUUGGAGCCAAAGCCAAGCUUGUGACGUGUUCCCCAAGGAUCUUCAGAGAAUGGCAUUUUCUUUUGCCGCAGAUAAUAAUUUAACCUUGAUAUCGGCCACGAAAGAAGUUGUUUACGUUUAUGCACUCGAGAACAUUCUUAGUGAUCCCAAAUGGGUCCUCUUGAAGCAAAUCCGGAACGGAAUACUGAACGAGAAGAGGUUAUAUAGUUGGGGCCUAGAGGCUUACGAUGGAAAGUGUUUAGUGUUGAAGGAGACAAUUUUGAAGAAGGACGAUUACAAGCAAGUGCUUCGUGGGUACGACCUGAGAGCUAAUAAGUGGGAAGUCAUAGGUUCGAUUCCAAGGUGGUGCACUUAUGCUGUAGACUUUUAUCAGUUUAAACCGUCGUCGUGUUCGGUGAUAGGACUUGAUGACAAGGAGGGGGAAUUAAGAGAUAUUGGCUUGUGAUGGUAAACGUAUCUUUUGGUUAAUGAACAUACUGUAUGUGU